AUGGCAUCCAAUGAGGAAUUUUGGAGAAUAUGCGAUGAUCAAGGCGUAUGUCACUGCGACUGGCGAUUGACAAUCUAUGGUUGCGAAGAAGAAAGCCAACUACGUGCCAUGUACAUUGCUCUUGCCGUAGUUUCGGGUCUUGUAGGCGUAUUUGCUUUUAUGGUAUUAUACCAUCGAGUCGUCAAUCUCAAACAACAAAUCUUUGAUAUGCGGACGGGGUAUCCAAGGCCUAAGCCCAUCGAGUCAAUGGCCGUGUUUGGAACAAUAUUUAACUUGCUACGAAUGGCACACGCUAUUAUUCUGGUGACUGACGCUGCACCCAACGUCGCGUUUCGCUCAUUCAUUUUCGAGUUUCCAUGGCAAUUUGGUAUUGGUGCACUAUCAUGCUAUUUAUUCGGUAUUGCCCAUACGUUGGCUGAUAGCAGUAAGGUGAUCUAUGACGUAUGGAUACGCGCACCCGUCAUUGUCGAUACGAUGUGCACAGUGAUUAUCACGCUGCCAUUUAUCAGCAACAAUGUUUGUGCUAUUGCAGCAGGCAUUUAUGCUCUUCAUGGAGACAAUUACAUGGCAUCCCAAUUUACGGAUGCAUUGUAUUAUCUUUGGACAUUCUAUACCGGUUUUCAGGCGAUCCUCAUUUUAUAUGCCGGUUUACGACUUUUGCGGCUUUUGAAUCGCCAUCUUUUACAACGUACCGAUAGCCGUGUCGAUCUUGGUAGAGUAAGACUUGGUGCGCUCAAGGUGCGAAUCAUCGUGAUGACUGGAUUUAUUUGCUUGACCGUUUUUGCUGUCAUGAUGGUGCUCUAUGGCCGUUUACGAGGACCCAUUACCGAGAAUUCUGCUUAUAAUGUGGCCAUUGCCGUGAUUUGGAUGUUUGAUGGUGCCAUUACCACUGGGGUGAUUGAAUUCGGCGUUGUUCUCAAUCCACGUUUGGCGACGUUGGCUCCUGGAUUUGGCUCCUCUGCUGGAUUUACUGGAUCCUCCAAUCGCUAUACUUCUGCGGGCACCAAUAAUUUUACAUCUGCAAACACACAUCAAGAGACGACACUUUCAGGUGGUGGCGAGGCAGGCACUCAGUCACAAUCCAAGUGGAUGUUUACUCGAUCAAGCGGUGGUCGUUGGAGUUUUGGUGAAGCCAAAUCAAAGUACCUAUCAGGUGGCGAGAUUGAUUUGAACAACAGCCCCAAAUUGGAGCACAAGCAAGUGGAUCCUAUUCGUAGCCAAAUUGAUGAGGAUCAGCAACACUAUAAUGCCAUGACGAGUAUCCGUGCACCUCCACGCAACAUUUCACCCACGCAUGAUGAUUUUAAUCGACAUCAGCAAGAUGCAGACGCAUUGACUACGUCUUCAGCCACUUAUCUCACCAUGCAACCCCAUUGA